GUUUCUUGAUCUAUUCCUCCUACAAGAUUCUUGCUGGAGGAGGAGACGACGACGACGACGAGGAUUUGAGCAACAACUCAGUGGUCAAGUUCUCGAGCAAACUCCUCCAGUCGACCAAGGAGUACGAUGGUGGAAACUUCUUCACGCAGGUGGAUGGGGUGAAGAGGGCAACUCCGCUCCUGCUCGUUCUCUUCUGCGUGGAGUUUUCUGACAUUCUCUUUGCGGUCGACUCAAUCCCUGCUGUCUUCGGAGUUACUGAGGAUCCUUUCGUUGUCUUCACCUCCAACAUCUUCGCUAUUCUCGGCCUCAGGUCACUUUAUCUCGUAAUCUCGAAGCUCGUGCAAGAGCUCGAGUACCUCGAGCCAGCCGUCGGACUGGUUCUUGGAUUUGUGGGUCUCAAGAUGAUCGGAGAAUUCAUGGGGAUGGAUACCCCUGAAGAAAUCUCUCUUGGCGUCGUCGUGUCCAUGCUCUCUGCUGGAGUCGCCGCCUCCUACUGGAAGAACUCGCAGAAGGGUAGGAGGAGAGGGCGGGAAGCAGGAGCUGAGAUGACUGCAGACGGCGACGAGGAGGACCAGGUGGAGGAGAAGCAGCCAGUGGCGAGCCAAGACAAGGAGUUGGUUAAGAAGGAAUGA